GGGCUGGGUGGAGCGGUUCGGCCCCGCUGCAGGGCGUCCCUGACAGGCCGGGAGCCAAGCUCCUGCCCGAUGAAGGGAGGGAGGAAGGGGGUCGAGAUGGAAGUCGCGGCCUUCACACGGCCGCAGUGAGUUUUCCACCUGUGCGCGAGGAGAAUGAGUGGAGGAAUGAGUGCCACAUCAGCCACGAGUUGCCCCUUGCCACCACCACUUGCGUCUGAACAAGAGGAGCAAGAGUGUUCUGAGACACAUAUGUCUGUCUUGUGGUAUGCAGGGGAGUUUGCAGUUACUUACUAUGAUACAGAAGAUUGCUCAGUUUACUUCAUGCCUGACACACCUGAUAGCGAAGGCCUUGAGCUACUGCAAAAAGUGACUGGGGAAGUUCAUCCUAAAUGCAUAGUGACAAGUGCAAAACAGGACCAGAAUAUUGCCAAUUUCCUGACCAGCCUAGCAGACAGUGAUAGCAAUAAAGGAAAAAUAGAAAUUGUUCUGUUUCCUAACAUAGAUUUUGGCCUAGAAGUCAGCAAGCAACGAAUCCUAUCUAGACAAUUUCCAUUUAUCCCAUCCCAUAUGACUGCAACAGAAAAAAUUCUUUAUUUGUCCUCAGUCAUCCCUUUUGAGAGCCCACUCAUGAUCAGAGCCUUAGGGGGGCUUCUUAAGUACCUGGACAGGAGAAGGGUUGGAGUUGAACUGGAAGAAAGCAGUAUUGCAGUUCCUGUUUUGGCCUUUAGAAAGUUUGUGCUGUCAGAAACUGUGAAUAUAGACCAAGACACUUACUGUGUCCUACAGAUAUUUAAAAGUGAUAUCCAUCCUUCUGUGUAUAAGCUUUCUAGUGGAUUAAAAGAAGGAUUCAGUUUAUAUGGGAUUUUAAAUCGCUGUAGGUGCAAAUGGGGAGAAAAGCUUUUGAGGCUGUGGCUUACGCGGCCUACUCGGAACUUGACAGAGCUAAACAAACGGCUGGAUGUUAUCCACUUCUUCCUGUUGGCUCAGAACCAUGAAACAGUCCUUACCCUUCAAGAUUGCCUCAGGAAUAUAAAAAAUGUGCCUCUUAUUCUAAAAAGAAUGACUCUAUCCCAUACAAAAGUUAGUGACUGGCAAGCACUCUAUAAGACAGUGUGCAGUGCACUGUGCCUUAGAGACACAUGUCGCUCUCUGCCCCAUAGUAUUGAACUCUUUCAGAUUAUUUCACGCGUCUUCACUGAUGAUCUGCAAUACAUUGCUAGUCUAAUCAGCAAAGUGGUGGACUUUGAAGGCAGCCUCUCACAAAAUCGCUUCACUGUUAGACCCAACGUGGAUCCCACCAUUGAUGAAAAGAAGCGAAGGCUAAUGGGUCUGUCAGACUUCCUUACAGAAGUGGCACAAAAAGAACUGGAAACAUUGGACAACCAUAUUCCUUCCUGUUGUGUGAUCUACAUUCCUUUGAUUGGGUUCCUUCUCUCCAUUCCACGGCUACCAAGUAUGGUGGAUAAAAGCGACUUUGAAAUUGAAGGCUUGGACUUCAUGUUCUUGUCCGAGGAUAAACUGCACUACAGAAGUGCUAGAACUAAGGAGCUAGACAGCCUGCUGGGUGACUUGCACUGUGAGAUAAGAGACCAGGAAACACUUAUUAUGCACCAGCUGCAGACAAAGAUCUUGGAGAGGUCUGAAGUGCUUAACAACGUGAUUGAGUAUACUGCACACCUAGAUGUGCUGUUGGCUCUGGCAGUGAUGGCCCGGGAGAACUCCUACUGCCGGCCACGCUUUACUCAGCGCCAUGGCUUCCACAUCAAGGACGGAAGACAUCCACUGAUGGAACUAUGUGCAAAGACAUUUGUGGCUAAUCCAGUGAACAGUGGUGAGGCUACCAGACGAAUAAAGAUAAUCACUGGGCCCAACUCAUCUGGAAAGAGCAUCUACUUAAAGCAAGUAGGUCUUAUAAUAUUUAUGGCUCUAAUCGGCAGUUACGUGCCUGCAGCAGAGGCAGAGAUAGGAGCAAUUGACGGGAUUUACACAAGAAUCCACACUAGGGAAUCAGUUUCUGUAGGACUCUCCACAUUCAUGAUUGAUCUUAACCAGGUUGCCAAGGCAGUGAACAAUGCUACAGAGAGGUCGUUGGUACUUAUUGAUGAGUUUGGCAAAGGGACCAACACACUAGAUGGCCUGGCCCUUCUGGCUGCUGUGCUGAAGUACUGGAUCAAUCAAGGAACCCAGUGUCCACAGGUCUUUGUCUCCACUAAUUUUCACAGCUUAAUGCAGCUGGAACUCUUGCCUGACACACCUCUUCUGGAAUACCUGGCCAUGGAGACCCACCAAGAUGGAGAUGAGUUGGUGUUUUUCUAUCAGAUCAAACAAGGAGUAUCCACUGUUAGUCAUGCUGCCAACAUUGCUGCACUAGCUGGAAUGCCUGCCAAAAUUAUUGAAAGAGGAGUGGAAGUAUCAGAACUGAUUCGCAAUGGAAAAGCUAUCAAACGUAUUGAUCAUCCUUCAAAAGGAGACCAGAUGGAAAAAUGCAAGGCUGUUGUUGAAAAGUUUCUUAGCCUAGACCUUGAUGAUCCUAAUGUGAACUUAGAGGAGUUCAUGCAUAAAGAGGUGUUGCCUUCUGCAGCCUCAAUUCUAUAGCAUGGUUAUAUCUAAAAGCAUAUAUUACAAGGUAUCUGCUAUGUUCGGUAGGGUGGUUUGGUAAUUUCAACAACAAUGACUAUGACUAAUGCCUCACACUACAUUUCACUUUUAAAAAUUGUCUAUAGUGUAUGUCAUUUCUUAUUCUUGUUUACAAUCAGUAUGGAAGUUACAUAUCUUUGUAUGGUGCAUGAUAUGAAAGCAGGAAGACUGGAAGAGGAGAAUUCAAGAACCUCUUCCAGCUGUUGGAUCAUGCAUUUUGAGCCCCUAUUGUUAGAUUCUCAGACUAAAAAAAUACGGUAGAAAAAUCAAAAUAGUUCUGCUGGUCUCAUGAGAUUGUAAAAACAAAGUGUUUAUUGUUUUGUGCACUGUUGAAGUAAUCAUUUCAGUCAUUUUAGGAUCAUCAUCAAAGGAUCACAAAUAAGCAUGUGCCUUCGACUCUCAGAUCAGCAAAUAACAUUGUUACAAUACAAACCUCUAAAGUAGACACUGAUUAAUGGAAAUACAGAGGGAUUGAAUGAGCUCUGUGACAUUUAAUAAAGCUGCAUUUCUGGCCAUAAUGGCAGAGAGAUUCCAAGAGUUGAUAUAAAAAGAAUGGAAGUCAGAAUCAGUGGGGUCUGACUACAGGGGAAAAAUUUUGGUUUUAUUGAGAAUCACUCUCUUCUGUUAAGGUCCUGCAGAGUAAGAGUAAGUAAGAGUACAUAAUUAUGCUCUGUGAGUAUAAAAGCAAAAUUACAAGUCUGGGAAAUGGUAAACCAUACUAGGGAUAUAAGACAGCAUUUUUUUCAAGUACUGAGUAAAAUUUAAAAGAUUAAUACCAGAGCAAAGGGAGUCCAUUUCACUUCUGUCAGUGCAAAGGAUCUUCAAUGAACACAGCAUUUGAUUCCAAAUUCAUUCCAAAGGGUACCCAAAGACACACUGCCUGCUUAAUCUGGGGAAGUUUUCUAUGGCACAUUUGAUUUCAGGAUUGUCAAACUGAAUGUGAAGAAUGAGUUUCUCCACUUCUCAGAAGUUCAGAAGGUUUUUUAACCUGAGAAGCCGAGACAGCACUCAGACAGCUCUUUCCUUAUCCACUUUAUCUGAAAUGUUAUCCUUUACUAAUUUCUAUUUCCAAGGUUGUGUUUUUUGUUUUCUUUUCUGUUUUACAUUUAUCAUUUUGUCUAUUCUUAGCUUAAUGCUGGGACUUCAAAGUGGAAAGCUGUUUUCUUGAGAUUUUUCUUCAUUUUGAAUUCUCAAACUCUUUUAAGUUGUAAAUACCUGUGACAGCUUUGGAAAGGUAAAAUCUUCUCAGAAGAUACAUAUCUCACAGAAUGUAAAUCAAAGGGAAAUGCUGGUGGAAUUUAGAUGUCAUUGCAUGGAGAAUGCUUUAAAGUACUGAUUCAAAUUUGAAAUCUCACAUUUAAAAAUAUAUAUUAAUAUAUUUUUGAAGCUGUAGCUGUGAACUAAAGUCAACUACUUUGUUCUGUUUACUCUUUUAUAUGCUUUCUCAUGCCAUCUUCAUCCACUCUCCAUUUCUUGUUUUUCAUGCUAUUAUACGAUCUGAAAAUGCAAUCAAACAUUAUGUUAAGAUGUACUACAAAAUAGAUGGAAUUUCUGCCCUUCCCAUUGUUAUUUAUUGUUGUCAGGGAAUGCACUUAAACUAUCUUACUAAAUAUAUGGAGCCAAUUAAACUAAAAAUGAUAGAGAAGACUGAUACUAAUGCCAGACAGUGGAUUGACUGAUGAAAAUUCCUGAUAGUUUAUGGAUUUUUAAUAUAUAAUAUCUUUCAAAACAGUGCAUCUUUAGGAUACUAUGUGUAUUAUUCAGUAUUAUGGAGGACUAAGGAAGAUGAUUUGAAAUGACACCGACCUGGUUCUGUCAGUAGCUGUGAAUAUCAGAACACAGAAAACAUGUAUGCUGGCCAAUACUUCAUGCAAGGUAGAUGAAUGUUUAAAAAACAAACAAACAAACCAGACUGGCAAAAAAGCACCUUGAUUAUCUGACAUGUUUUAACAAAACAGUUACAUUGAUGAACAGCUGAUAUUCUGCAAAAGCUGUGGAUUUUCAGAAUGUUUUAAAAAGCAGCCGUUAAUACAAGCAAAAGCUUCAGCCUACACUUUUAUGAGCUAUAGCGCACCACCUACAACCUGCAGACAAGUCCUUAUCUCGCUUCAGAGCAACUAUGUAUACAUUAUCUCCCUGAAGCUACUUAAUGCAUCUCAGAACUCAUUCCAUCUUCCAGCUCAUUUCAGAAUAUCCCUUAAUUAAGAUUUUCACCUUUCGUUUUUUAUAGUUUUUUUUCUAAUGAUUAAAGUACUUCAGAGCUUGCUAAAUCAACUGACAAUAAUUAUAAUAUGUACUUUAAUCCUUAUUUUUAGAAAAUAUUUCUUCUGAAAAUUUCUUUCUGGGUUGAAAGGUUACAUAAAACAUUUUAUUGCAAUGCCAGCAAAGACAUUUUAUGGAGAUAUAUCUUAUGUUAAUAAUAAAUUACUGUUAAGUUAGUAUGAAAUAAAAAGCUAGAUGUGCUAUUAUUGCUUCUCUAUAUUUCUCAUUAUAGUUAUUGUAACUUACUUCUAUGUUUGUCUGGUUUUUUUUGUCAAAAAAACUAAUAAAUGGGCAAGAAAUAGAUACUUGCAAGAGAAUAUAAUUCUGUAUUUCAUCACUGCUGUGUAAUUCACCAAAACAUAUUCUAUCAAGAGAAAUGCAAGCCUGCAUAUUAUGCAUAAUCAACAUAUAAAUUCCCCUGUUUAUUUGCUUUUUUUCUCCCACAGAGUAACCAAACAGUAUCCACACAAGCAGCAUAUAAAUACUGUGACAGCAUUUCUAACUAUGUAAUCUACAUCUUAGUACUAAUUCUGUAAUUUUGAACAAGUAAUUCCAUCUUUUGGCUUUGCAUAGUUUCACAAAAGAAAACAGGCUAUGAUUUUACUGCAAUGAGAAUAUCAAAAGUAUUAACCUACAGUACAGUAUAGGACUGUGUUUUAAAGGGUAGAUGUGCAAAUUAUUCCUUCUAACAUAGCAGUAUUUUAAAGUCUUACCUCUUCAACUGGCUACAGAGAUGUAAA